AUGGCAAACAGUAAUGUGGGUCUUCUCUGACUUUGUGCUUUUCAAUUACUGUAAUUUGUUUGUCUUUUGCAUGCACUUUUUUUCUAUUUCUGCUUGGGCCUUUGGCCAUAUGACAAGGGUCCAGACAGCCCGGUUUAAGCGUCAACUUCAAAAGAGAUUUGUACCACUACUGUUCCUUUCAGUAAAUCGAGGGGAACAAAUAUGGAUGUGGUUGAGUCACUUGUUGUUUUUAAAAAUAUAUAUUUUCUUAUAAAUACAAGGUCAUCUCAUAUCAAGUCAUCUUUAUUUCAGUCACAGUUUGACAGAGUUGAGUAGUAAGGGGCAAAAAUUUACACUGAGAUCCAUUUCAAAUACUUGAAAUACAUUGAAUUAAAAGAUUGUCAGCAACAAAGAAAUAUUAAAUCAAAAGUUCUGUCAACAUUGCAACCAUUACAGACGAAUAAUGUGACUCAUCUAUAUUCUAUUCUUAAAUUAUAUGGUUUUAUUUGCCUGUGUCUCACAAUCUUUGGACACUGUAUCUGCUUUUGCCCCCUGGCGUAGAAGUUUUUCUUCAACAGUAUCAAAUCAAAUCACUGCAAAGUUCACCUUAACAUCCAGCUACAUCUUCUCUUCCAAGAUUCAGUCUUCUGUGCAAGAGAAUCUUGUUUCUUGUAUUCAUUAUUCUUGCAAGAACGGAUGCACGGUUCUGUUUUAAUGUUCACAUAAAUUCCAUGUACUGCCAGUUUUUCAUGGUCUGUGUAAGCAUCUUUUCUGCUGAUUUAUUCUGUGUUUGUUAAACUUUGGCAGCAGUCACCGUCCACCUCUGCCCAUGUCAACCUGGGACCCUCAGCAAACCCACAGUCAGUAAUUCAGACUUUCUUUUAAAAAAAAAAGCCACUUAAAACUUAACAAAUUAAAACCUCACUUUCGUUGGUGGCCUCUACACCAUUUGUAAGCAACUGGAAAUAAAACAUUCAGGCUAAAAUAUGUAGUUCUUCAGACUAAAAAGUUUAAUGCAUUUAUGUCCUGUCUUGUUUUAGUGCCAGGCCUACCGACUUUGACUUCCUGGCUGUCAUUGGCAAGGGGACCUUUGGAAAGGUAGCACUUAAACAUUAAUUGUUUAACUACACAUUUCCUUAUUGUUAAUCACAUCUUGUGUUUUUAUUUUUUUCCUGCUCUGUCCUUGUAGCAGCACAGGUCAAAUAUUUACAAGCAGAGACACCUCAAUGAAAGUACUCUAAGCAAGGCUGCUUGACAAUGGGUUAUGUGAGGGACUAUGGGUUAUUGGUUAUGCAUUGAUAGAACCAGUCCCAGGACUGAAAACUAGUGUGGCAAGAUUUAUUUCUUUGGAUCCAGUUAGCAGCAGUGAUUUCAUUGUAUCGACCUUGUGAAAUGAAGGCAAGUGAGACAGGGAGAGAAGGGAAUAGUAGACUGGCAUAAGAGACAAGUCAGGCACAGCCUACCUGCUGAUUACUAUCUGCCCCUUUUAUCAAUCAUUUACACUCAGUCCACAGAAGGCUCUAAACAUUACCCUGCUAUUAAGUCAAAGCAACAAUAAAGUAAUAGAAAAUAACUGCAAGGAAAAGCAUUAAUUGAACAUUGAUGAUUCUUAGAUACUUAUCUUUUCUUUGCUGGCCACAGGGUGAUUAAUUUCUGACCUUUCUUUUGACUCAAUCCUCAGGUUUCUCAGUAUCAUGUGUUUCCAUGGAGCACUUAACUGUGUUGUGUUGUGUUGUGUUGUGUUGUGUGAUAUGAUGUCCUGACGGUGUGUCAAGAUGGUGGUACAGACUGUUACUAAACAAAUUUCUGAUAACCACUCAAUGCAGGUCCUGCUUGCCAAGCUCAAAUCAGACAACAAAUUUUAUGCUGUGAAGGUACUGCAGAAGAAAGUAAUCCUGAAGAAAAAAGAGGUAAGCCCUACUGUCUAAAUAAUUUGGGUAAAAGUCUGGCCUAAUUUGUGGUGCUUAAAUCUCUCUCUUGAAAACAUUAUGAGAGACGGUUUGAUGACCGUCCUUUGAGCAAAAAUUUAUGGAAGAUAACAGAACAAUGCUGCCUGUAGAUUUGACAUAAAUCUUCAAACCACAAACCCUUGACAUGCUGUCUAGGGGGAGUAAGAAGACACUGUUUUGAGUUCGUGCCAGGCCAAAGCAGUUGAACUGGAAAAUACCUCAAAGUGAGCAAAGAUAAAAAUGUUUCUGAGUAUCUUUUAGCGUCAUAAGCACACACUGUUUUGCCCUGCAAACAUGAUCCUAAUCUUAUCUUCAGAUGGUUCUGUACAAAGGACAGAUUUUACAACUCCCACUAAAUAAACACUUACAUGGUUGACGAACAUAUUGAGAAUAUCAGUUCAAACAACUGUCCCAAUUUAUAGUGUUUGUUCUGCGAAAGUGUAACAUGCUUUCAAGUGGUUUUAUGAGAUAAAUAGUUGGUCUGUUGCAUUCUCCCAUAUAAGUUGGUCUUCCUGAGUGUGUUACCUGAUUUGGUCACUGUGGAUUAAGCUUUGGCUUUUGAGCCUUUUUUGACUUUCUAACUGGUUAAAUAUUUCACCUGAAGAAUAUGUCAGGGAUAUUUAGUAUCUGUAGAGGGAUAAAGAAUCUAAACCAAAGUUGUUAGUUAUUACACGAAAAAACCUUAAGUUAAAAUCCAAAUGACAAAUGAAUCUUCCUGAUCUUUGUUUCUUUAAAUAACGAAAAAGUGGAAAGCAAAAAUAGUUAAGUAAAAAGUUUUUUACAGCUUUCAUGUAAUGUAAAACGUGUGCUUCAAUGACUUAUAAUUUUUUUUAUUUAUAUUUUUGGAAUUUAAGGAUGAACCAACCCUUGUGCUCAUUGCUUAGUUGGCCUUAACUAUUAAGAUUAUGAUUAUGUUAUUAUAAUAAUAAUAAUAAUAAUAAUAAUAAUCCGUCAAGAACGGCUCAGAGCAGGAGGACACAGAGGCAGACACUAAAGCAGAGGUCAGAGGCAAAAAAACAAGUGGUGCUCAGUACACAAGAGAUCAAUCCAGACAGGCAGAGGCAUCAAAAUCAGCAGGCAAAAAAGCCAAGAUCCAAAAACAAGCAAGGUUCAGAACACGAGUGGCUAUGACUGAGGCUGUGAAAAAAGAAGGCUGGGACGAGGACUAUAAACUGGCAACAAGACAGUGAGAGACAUGGGGUUAAACACAAGAGGUAAUGAGGGCUGAUGAGGCACAGGUGGGGAGAAACAAUCAGGAAGCAGGUUUGACAGGACGGGGGCAGGGCAGACAGGAAGCAAAGCUAGAACACAGAGACAAGGGUUAGUGAUUUCGAAAUAAAACAGGAAAGACAAACCAAACAUGAAUGUGCCAAAAAUAAAGAGAACUUGACAGAUGGGACAUAAUCUUGAUGGUUUUUCAUAUGUUUUCUCUUAAGUUGGUCUAUUUUGGGGAUUUAGUUGCUGAGGUUUUCAUUCUUCUCACUUUGAUGAGUAACAAUUUUAACCUUGAUUUUUUUAACCAUUCACAUUUUCUUUUCUUUAGCAAAAGAACAUUAUGGCAGAGAGAAAUGUGCUGCUGAAGAGUCUCAAGCAUCCAUUUCUGGUUUGUCUCCACUAUUCCUUCCAGACAUCAGAGAAGCUCUACUUUGUUCUUGACUAUGUGAAUGGGGGAGAGGUAUGUUGCAUAAACAAGACAAAUAACUAAAUGCACAUUUUAAUGUUGUAAAAGUAAAGGGUGGGAAUUGGCUGUUUUGGCAUCUUCUUGAAUUGGAUGAACUGUUGUAUUUAUUGCUGCAGCAAAACUUUGUUCUGCUAUAUUCAACACAAUUUAACAUGAUUUAUAUAAAACUUUCAGAGAGUUGACAUUUUUCAGCGAUCAAGGCUGUUGUCAUCUGGAUUUAUACCUUGUAGACUUAUGUAUCUUUGUUGCAAUCAAAUUUCCUGGAAUGCUUACUCAGCUGGCGCAUGACGCAACCUGCUGUUUGCCUGUAAAUAAAUCAGCAUUUAAAUUGUAAACAUGUUUGCUUAAUUUAAAGACAUUUUUCUGGCAGUACUAUUUAUAUCAGAGUAUCAUACUAAUCUUCUGUCUUAUAGCCUAUAUAUAUUCAAGGGAAAGAAUAAGAAUGCAGAGUAAUCCUUAUUACUGUGUGUGGUGUGGUGGUGGUUGGAGAAGCCGUAGGCGCAAAAUGGCAGCCACGUUUCCGUCAGUCUGCCUCAGGGCAGCUGUGACUACUAAGGUAGUUUACCACCACAAAAGUGUGACUGUGUGAGUGAAUGAAUGAUGUAUCCAAUGUAUAGCGCUUUGAGGGUCUCUGAUAAAGUGCUAUAUGAAAUCUGAUGCAUUAUUAUUAGAGUAAGAGUAAUCCUUUAUUUACAAAAACCCAUUAAACAAGAAUCAUCUGGUAUAUGUGCAACCAUCAAACCUCUUUUCAUGCAGAUAGUUAUUCUUGUUUUGAUGGUAUUGUGAAGAUAAUUAAGAUUAUUAUGAGUGUAACCACUGCUUCUUGAGAAAACUGUAUUCUGUUAUAUCCCUGGGUUCUGGGGUCUUCUUAUCAUCCUGUUAUUUUGCCUGACUACUCUCCUCUCAUUGAUGUAUUUUUUAAAGCUCACUACACCCAUCUCUGUACCGCAUUGAGAAGUGAAACCACAUUUCUCUCUGUUUCUGUCUUCUCAUAGUUGUUCUUUCACCUGCAAAGGGAGAGGUGUUUCUCAGAGCCUAGAGCAAGGUUCUAUGCAGCUGAGGUUGCAAGUGCUGUUGGCUAUCUACACUCUCUUAACAUUAUUUACAGGUCAGUCAUUCCAACAGAAAUUAAAUCACUGGUAAUUUGGAUACCUUUGCUUUGUAACCACUAUGCCAUGCAACCUUAUGGUUUCUACCAUAAACCACCAAAAAGCAAUGCAACCAAUGUACUUGCAACAUUAAUAAUCUGCAAAUUCUUGUCCACCACAGAGAUCUCAAGCCUGAGAAUAUUCUCUUAGACUCCCAGGUAAGUGAAAUUUCUUUCCUUUUUUUAUAAUCUUAAUUCAGUUUUCAGUCUUGAUUAUUGUUAUUAUAUUUAUGUUGUGUAACUUAUUAAAGGCUCCAUCUAUUUUGUGUGCAGGGACAUGUGGUGCUGACAGAUUUUGGGCUUUGUAAAGAAGGUAUUGAGGCAGAGGGAACCACUACUACUUUCUGUGGGACACCGGAAGUGAGUAGGAGAAAUUUUUUUUUGACAGAAAAAAUAGAGAGUUGUCCAUAAUGCUAACAGUCUUGUCUCCUGGUUAUUAUUGUUUUUGUUUUUGUUGAACUGUCUCCAUUUCCAAGUUUUCACUUGGGGGUGGGAUGAUUUGCAUUUUACCUUUUCAUCUGUCUGCAGUACUUGGCACCAGAAGUUCUUCGCAAGGAGCCGUAUGACAGGACAGUGGACUGGUGGUGUCUGGGAGCGGUGCUUUAUGAGAUGAUCUACAGCCUGGUAUGUGUACUUCUCAAGAGAUGUGAUGCUUUAAAAGAAGCAUACACAUUUAUCAAGAUAUUUGCCAUGGAGACAGAAUUUACAUGUUAAUGUAUGUCUGUAAUCCUAUCAAUCAUUACUGGGCAUUUGUGACUCUACAGAAAUGAGGAGUAAGCAGGAGAUGUCACUUUCAUUAACCAUUAUUUUUUUUUUUCUAGUUAUAUACGGUAAUCUUUUCUAUCUUAAGUUUAUUUAUUCCACUUUGCAAAGUGACUUUAGGUUUAUUUAUUAUUAUUUAUUUUACAUUAUACAUUAUUCAUUAAUCUAUGCAUCGGACAUGAUUAUAUUACACAGUACAAAUUAUUAGAAUGCCACAAUAGUAUGUUUUCAUAUUGUUAGAGUAUAAAUGAGACUUACCAACUGACUGUCUUGAGAAGAAGUAUAAAUCUCAAAUAGUAGAAGACUAUUGCAAUGUUGCAUUGCAUAGACUGCAUGACCAACUGAACAGAGAAUUAUUUUAUAUGUCCCAGCUGUGGCUCAGUGGUAGAGUUGGUUUUCUUUCAAAUUGGAAUGUCCUGCAGUUUCCACUUGAAGUCGGCCCCAAGGAAAGCCAAGGGAACGCUAUUCGAGCCCCCUUCAAAAUGCCCAUUUGUACGACAGAAUUUAACACACUUACAACAUGGUACAAAAGCCACUUCAGUUUCUGUACCUCACUUUUUAAUGACUUCUUAUUUAAAAUUGAGUUAGUUUAAAAAGACUAAGAGUUUAGUAUGAUUAGAUCCAUAAUGAAUGCAAGAAUGGGAAGACAGGCUUUUCUGGAAUUUAAGACUAUUUUCUGCUUUAUGAGUGUUGUUUAAUUUUUGCACUGAUUCCUUUGGUUCAGCCUCCUUUCUACAGCCGUGACAUUAAUGAAAUGUAUGAUGGGAUCCUACACAAACCACUGCCCCUGCCCCCAGGAAAGUCAGAUGCUGUCUGCUCUCUGCUGGUGGGUCUUCUGCAGAAAGACCAGCAUAGACGCCUUGGGGCCAUUGCAGACUUUGUGAGUGUUUUCUUUGAAAAAAGGCUACUUCAACCUUUGCCACACAUGAAAAGAGAUUCUUUCCCAAAAAAACAGUCUUUGACAAUGCAUGCGUUUCAAUGGAUGACUGUACAUACAUUUUACACUUUUUUUUUUUUUUUUUUUUUUUACCAGCAAUAUUGGUCUUACAUUGCAGGUGAUCACUUAUUUGCAAAUUAUGCCACUUUUUUUUAAUUUUGAAAAUACAGUUGUACGGAUCCCUUUUUAUUACUGAUCUAAAAAUAGAAAACAAAAAACCUUGAAUUCUUUUCUUUCCCUAUAUAGCUGGAAAUCAAGAACCACGUAUUUUUCACUCCAAUUAAUUGGGAUGACCUUUACCACAAGAGGACCACCCCUCCUUUCAACCCCAAUGUGGUGAGUUGUUUAAAGCUGCCUAUCAGUAAACGCUUUAAUUUUAAUUUUUAAUUUUUUAAGAGCUUUAAUUUUUCAAGUUUGUUCUCUUUCAUAAACUUAGCUGACUAUAUCCAUGUACCAUGUCUAUAAAACAAUUUCAAUGGUACUGGUAAAAAAAAAACACUUCUUGUACUCUUCUAGUUUUACACAUAAAUUCUUUAACCCCUUUAGCCUAUCCCAGAUAUACAUAUCACUAGUUUCAAAUCAUCAAGAGACAUCAAAAUAUUGUAAUUCUGAGAAAGCCAUUUUUUUCCAGUUCUUAUUUAUCAUUUCAAUUAUACCUUGGUGUUUCAUUGGCUUCUAUGUAAAUUGUGCUGGGCCUCAUUCACAAACCAUUCUCAAGACGGACUUUGUUUUUGAACCCCAGUUAUAAGGUUUUGAGAAGAUUCUGUUGUUAGCUAAAGUUUGCUUAUCUGGAAUUUGUUCUUGACCAAGAUAACAACAUCUAAGAACACCAAAGGGUGCUCUUCUGAAUAUUUGAGUGUUGAUAUUUCAGUGCAAAAUUAUCGGAUAUCUUGUUUUUCUUUAUUGAGCACUUUCACAUUACCGAAAGACACUAAAAAAUGCAUGAUUCAGAUGUAUCAACUUCUAUUUCAAUCAUGCAAUGUUUGGUUUAAACUGCAUUUACAAAUAUUACUUUGCAUUUUUGCAUAUGAAGUAAGUAUUAAAUUAAAAAUAAUAAAAAAUAAGAUAAGAUGAGAAGAACUUCAUUUAUCCUGAAAGGGAAAAUCGAGAUCAGAAUAUAUAAAUAUCAGAAUCAGAAUCAGCUUUACUGGUCAGAUUUAGGCCCAGAAGUAAAGCAUUAAAUAUUAAACUAAUAUAUAUGCCUGUGACAAUUUUAUUGGCUAAAAAUUAUGUUAUAAUAUAUGAUAAGAGGAAUGUGUAUUUUCACCUACAAUAAUCUAUCUUGCACUAAAGUAUUUAACAACAAUUUUGUCACAAGUCAACUGUUUUACAAUAACAGUUUCUAGAAUAAAAUCAAUGAAAAAAUCAGUUAUUUAGAGUUGAGAUCAAACUUUUUUUUUAUUUCAUGUGGUGCAUGUCAUCUCCUGAUCAGAGUUGAGCAUUUUUGAUGAUGGUGUUCUCUGAACAAGUGAUAUCAUUAAAAAAAUUGUUUAAUUUUCACUACUGGGGUUGUAUAACAUAAUAAUAAAAAAAAUCACCUCAUUUGUGCACGCAUCCAAACUAUCUACUUCAGUACCUUUAUACUUGGAUACCUGUGCACAAACCUUGUAUAAUUUUAACUUCUUUCUCCUAUUCUCAUCUUGAUCCUGAAUGACUACUGUGUACACACAGCAAUACAUUUAGGGGAGUACACCUAUAUUCAGUAAAACAUCAGGCAGGAGCUUUAAAGUUAGGUGGACAUCUCAUUCAUUCAUUUAAGAACUCAAGUGUGAACAAUUUUAUUGUUUUUGACCGUCCAUGACUCCAGUUUAGAGUUUGCUUAGAAACUUUAAGAAUAAAUUUCAGAAAAAUGUCAAGAUGCCAGUGAAUGAGCAGUAAAUGAAUGAACUGUUUGAGGUUUUGUUGCUGGAAAUCUCCACAUUACAGAUCUGUAUUGUAGAGGUCAGAAAUCGCCUUUGCAUAAAAAAAGAAAAACAACAAUAUUUUUCUUUCAGAGAGGCCCAGCUGACAUUCAGCAUAUUGAUCCAGAGUUCACCAGAGAGAAUGUUCCUCAAUCUGUGAGCCGGACCCCUGAGCUCAAUGCUGGAACCAGCUCCAACAAUGCUUUUAAUGGGUUCUCAUUUGUUGCCACUGAGGACAGCUUCCUGUGA